AUGAGCAAAUUAUUAUUGGCCAUUGUUGAUACCUCGGCCCUCCCUGAAGCAUUUGUCAAGUCUACAGAUUUGAUCAGUGCCUUCAGCCUCUUUGACGACGACCUGGGAGAUUUCACCCCCGAAACAGCCUGCGAGAAUUGGCAUGUCUGUGACUCCCUUCUGGUGUUUUCUUCUUUGCUAAUUAGUCCUUGGAAUGAUGAUCAGCUCCAGGCAGCAGUGUCAAUCGGUUGCCUUUUUGGACCUCUGAGAGUAGCUAUGAUAGUGGGUCUGGCGUCGCUCCUACCGCCGGACCUCUGGGACGAGGGUUAUGAAGAGAGACAUGAAGCUGAGAUCACGGGUACGUUGAUCUUUGCUUUACUUUUGGCGUUGUCCUCUGGGAGCUUCCUAGGCCCAGAGAUACUGCAUAGCUUGGGUGUCAACGAAACACCGGUAGACCACUGA